UUCUCACACUCAUGGCGUCCCUUGACUCCAUGCCUCGUCGAUUACCUCAGCAUGAGCGCAGACUACGCUCAUUCCGUACCGCUAGCUUGUUGACUAAGGAUUUUAACGCUUAUUUCUUUGAAAUGCGAGCAUAGCUCAAGCUUACGUCGCCACAGCUGCCGUCAAAUAUCCUUCCGUCAAAUAGCCAUCAGAUUCAUGGCAGAUCCUGAUAGUCCUGUCCCUUAUGGUGAGAAUCUGAGAUUCCUAUAGGCUGAGAAUUUUACCGUUUAUUUCUGGCUUACUUAUUGCUUACGGGACUGCGUUCUGGUCGAAGUAUCCGUCUUUCCGUAGUAUGGUGGAGAGAUUCCCGGUAGUUGAGCCAGCUUGUCGUUAUUCGGAUGAUUUGCCGCUUACUUUCAUAUAAGACUGUUCUGACACAUCAGCAACCUUCCUAGGCUGACACUUUGAUACUUCUUAGCUGAGAAACCUAGUCUCCCUGCUGUUGACGGUUCUUCACGGCUUCACCGCUGACGGUUCUUCACGGCUCUAGUUCCCGCGAGUGCUUUCGCGGCAACGGCGCAACUCGCCGGACGGUUGAGCUUGAAAUAUCGAGCAGCAACGGUGUAAACCGCGCAUACAUGGACGGUCGAGCUUCGAGCAUGGCGAACAGCACGCGAGUCAAACGGCGUCUCACCUGACGGCCAGACGACGAGUGGAGAGCACCGAGUGGCGAACGGGAGAGCGGCGAACGGUGAACGGGAGAGCGGGCUUGCACCUCCGCCAUCCGCUCCUACCUCGCGGAAGCCGCUGCCCCUCUGCCCCUCCUGGAGAAGCUCGACCCCCAGCUGUCGCUCCUCCUCCUCACACGCUGCAUCGGCCACCGAGAAUCCUACCUCCUCCGCUCAACGCCCCCCCACCUACUGCCAGACACCUCAGCUGGGGGGAAAAGCUCUUCACAACGGCCCUCGCCACUUGCUCCACCCCUGCCCCACGCCAUGCAGCCAAGAAGAGGCGGGUGUGGACCCAAGCCUCCUUGCCGCCGACCCUCGGGGGGCUUGGCAUCACCGAACCCGCCGCCGAGGGUGGACACUCCUUCCUCACCUCGGUCGCUGCCGCUGCCCACCUGCUCGGGGAAAUGCUCGGACGCCUGCACCCCGAGCUCGCCUCCCUCGAAGCCCGGACGUCGCAGGACCCGCCUAAGGUGCAGCGGGCUCUAGCGCUCGAGGUCCAAGCCGCCCGCUACACGACCCUCCUGGAGGGAAGCCGCCGCCUUCAACCUAACCCCCUCAUUGGGCAUACCCAGUAGCUGGCGAUUGGCUCUGGAGAUUGGCUGGAGAUUGACUCAUCGCCAUCCCGCUCCACCCCUCCCUCCGUCUCUCCCCGGCCCACUUCGCAUUUGCCAUCGCCUUCCGCCUCGGACUGCCGCACACUGUCCCGGGGGUAUGCGACUGCGCCGACCAAACCCCAAUAACCGACCCCCGGCUGCCCAACCACCUCCUCCGCUGCAACACUGGCCCGGGGGGGACGGCCACCCACCACGGCCUCCGUGACGCUGCAGCAGCCAUAGCCAAGGAGGCCGGCUUCAUUACCCGCGUGGAAACCUCCCAUUUCACGCGGGUGGCAGAGCUACGGGCGGAUGUCGCCAUCCGACACCCCUCCACGGGGGCCGUGUGGCUGUGUGACGUCAUAGUCACCGACCCCAUCCAGCCCCAAGACGACCGCGCCUGGAGGGGGACAGGCUAUGCCGCUGCCGUCGCUGCCCGGGAGAAGGAAGCCAAGUAUGCCCCUCCGGCCCGGCCAGAAUGGGUAGGCUUCUUCCCGAUGGCAGUUGAAACGUACGGCUGCACCCACCAAGGGGUCCUUGCCUACCUCCGCCUCUGCGCCGAUCUUGCCGCCAAGAGACAGUUCAGCGCCGCCCCCUACUCCCGUGAGACGGCCCGCCUCUUCCAUACCUACCGACAGAGGUGGGCAAUUGCCCUGCAGCGAGGGCAGGCCGUUGCCCUCAACACCAAGUCCAACCGGGCCCUGCCUGCUGACGACUGGCCCGAAGGAGGACAGCCUGACCCCUUCGACCUCGACUACCUGCUCCACACUCUAGAACCCGAGGGGGAGCUCCCCUAGAGGGGAGGCUCCAGCCAGGCUAGCUUGCUAGUUUGCACCUGAUUUGAUAUGCAUGCCUUGCCUCGGAUGUAACCUCCUAUUCAAUAAUGAAGGACCACUCGA